UUAGUUACAAAGGCAAAACAAACCAAAACAAUGCAAGACCUAGAAGCACAUAAAGCGCGAAUAACGCAACUCGAGGAAUUUAUUAAUGAUGUGCUCAAAGAAGACCUAAAUCGCCUUGAGCAGUGCCUCAAUGACUUCAACGGGGAGAUCAUGGAGUAUGUCCAGCUGAAGAACACGCUGCAAACAUUUGGCGAGCACAUGCCGGACGGCUACAAAACCCAGGUUAACAUUGGCAGUAACGUUUUCAUGCAGGCGAGAGUGAAAAAAAUGGACAAAAUACUGGUCAAUGUGGGCAAGGAGCAUUUUCUGGAAAUGAGCAUGCAGGAAGCGAUCAACUUCAGUGAUGUCCGCAUCAAAAUCUUGACCAAACAGGCGGACGUAGUGCGUGAGGAAAGCGUAAAGAAGCGCUCGCAAAUCAAGAUGGCGCUGAUAGCCAUCAGUGAGCGUGAAAAGCUGCUGCAGCAGCAGGAUGAAAGAUAGAUGGAGUUGUUUAACAAAUGGGCUUUGGGCGGGUAGUGUUAGAAA